UUACAGAUACCUCAAAUCAGCUAUGCAUCGACAGCCCCAGAAUUAAGCGAUAAUACUCGGUAUGACUUUUUCUCCAGAGUCGUGCCACCUGAUUCAUACCAAGCUCAAGCCAUGCUAGACAUUGUCAAAGCUUUAGGAUGGAAUUAUGUGUCGACCUUAGCCUCAGAAGGAAACUACGGAGAAAGUGGUGUCGAAGCAUUUUCACAGAUCUCAAGAGAGACUGGUGGAGUAUGCAUUGCUCAGUCCCUCAAAAUUCCCCGUGAACCAAAAGCUGGAGAAUUUGACAAACUCAUUCAGCGUUUGCUGGAAAAUCCCGCUGCUCGUGCAGUGAUUAUUUUUGCAAAUGAAGAUGAUAUCAGGCGGGUACUUGAAGCAGCCAAGAAAGCAAACCAGACUGGUCAUUUCCUGUGGAUAGGCUCUGACAGCUGGGGAUCCAAAAUUGCACCUGUCUAUCAACAGGAAGACAUCGCUGAAGGAGCAGUUACGAUUUUGCCUAAAAGAGCUUCUAUAGAUGGAUUUGACAAAUAUUUUCGAGGUCGCACACUAGCCAACAAUAGGAGAAAUGUGUGGUUUGCAGAGUUUUGGGAAGAAAAUUUUGGCUGCAGAUUGGGAUCACAUGGUAAAAAAAACAACUAUGCCAAGAAGUGCACAGGAUUAGAAAGAAUUUCAAGGGAUUCAACAUACGAACAAGAAGGCAAAGUGCAGUUCGUGAUUGAUGCCGUUUAUGCCAUGGCACAUGCCCUCCAUGCCAUGCACAAAGACCUCUGCCCGGGGUAUCUUGGCCUUUGUUCAAAAAUGAAUACGAUUGAUGGGAGAGAUUUACUUCGAUAUAUUCGAGCUGUGAACUUCAGUGGUAGUGCAGAAACACCGGUGACUUUUAACGAAAACGGAGAUGCCCCAGGACGAUAUGACAUAUAUCAAUAUCAAUCUACAAACAAAUCGACAGCAGAAUACAAAGUUAUUGGUCAGUGGAUUGAUUAUCUUCAACUAAAUGUUUCAGAAAUGCGGUGGACUAGAGGAGAAGAGAAACAUCCUAUGUCACUUUGCAGCCUACCAUGUAAGCCUGGGGAGAGGAAAAAAAUUGUAAAAGGAGUACCAUGCUGUUGGCAAUGUGAGAGAUGUGAGGGAUACUAUUAUCAAUUUGACGAGUUUUCAUGUGAGCGCUGUCCUUCAGAACAAAGGCCAAAUAUGAACAGGACAGGCUGCCAGCUGAUACCCGUUGUUAAACUUGAAUGGCAUUCUCCAUGGGCUGUUGUACCAGUGUUUAUUGCUAUGAUGGGAAUCAUUGCAACAACAUUUGUCAUUGUCACAUUUGUUCGUUUUAAUGACACUCCGAUUGUAAGAGCAUGUGGUCGUGAGCUCAGCUAUGUGUUAUUAACAGGAAUUUUCCUCUGCUAUGCCAUUACUUUUUUAAUGAUUGCAGCCCCGGAUACCGUUAUAUGUUCUUUUCGUCGCAUAUUCUUAGGACUCGGCAUGUGCUUCAGUUAUGCUGCUUUACUUACAAAAACAAAUCGGAUCCACAGAAUUUUUGAACAAGGCAAAAAAUCUGUCACAGCCCCAAGGUUUAUCAGUCCAGCCUCCCAGCUUGUUAUUACUUUCAGCCUCAUCUCAGUCCAGCUCUUGGGUGUUCUUGUCUGGUUUAUUAUUGACCCACCCCACAUCAUUGUAGACUACAGAGAACAACGAACACCUGAACCGGAAAAUGCAAGGGGAGUUCUUAAGUGUGAUAUUUCAGACCUUUCCCUCAUUUGUUCACUUGGAUACAGUAUUCUUUUGAUGGUCACAUGUACUGUUUAUGCUAUCAAAACAAGAGGCGUGCCAGAAACCUUCAAUGAAGCAAAACCUAUUGGAUUUACUAUGUACACUACCUGCAUAAUUUGGUUAGCCUUUAUUCCCAUAUUUUUUGGUACAACACAAUCAGCAGAAAGGAUGUAUAUCCAGACAACAACACUGACAGUUUCCAUGAGUUUAAGUGCUUCUGUUUCCUUGGGCAUGCUGUACAUGCCAAAGGUUUAUAUAAUUAUCUUUCACCCUGAGCAAAAUGUGCAAAAAAGAAAGCGAAGCUUUAAAGCUGUUGUGACAGCAGCUACAAUGUCAAGCAAGCUGACACAAAAAGGAAACGACCGGCCAAAUGGAGAAGCAAAAACAGAACUCUGUGAAAGUCUUGAAACAAACAAUUCUUUGGAAAAUAUGGUGCUCCUUUCUCAGCAAACCUCAUUAAAUGCACAUAUCUAGAACGCCUCAUUUGCCUGGAUGGCUUCAGUACUGGACUCCUUUCCCUGAGCUGCUUCUUCUUCCAAGACAACUUAUAUCAGCUACAGCAAUCAUAUAAUGUGACCAGGAACAAUGCUUUAUUUGAAAUGCAAGUCUUAUGGCAACCAAGAAAAGUUUCUUUUAUUUCCAAAAUAAAAUAGACUAAGGACUCAUAUCUGUCGGCAAAUGGAUGGCAUCUCGAACAAGAACUGGAUUACAGAAUGGCUGCCAGUAUCUUUUUUUCACAAAGAUCUCAAGGGAAAUAUAAAAAAAAAAAGUGACUCAAAAGAUGCAUAAUGUACUAAUGUUCAGCUUUGGGUAAAUUAUAUCAUAAAACAUCCCUUUUGUUGUUAUGAAACUUGUACUUUUGUGAUUGUGAGAAUGUCCAUUUCUGUCCUACAUUGUCCACUUGCAUAACAAGAAGAGAUUGUUUCUUGUGGUGGCUGAAUGAAUUAAAACCCGGUUUAUGCACAAAUAAAUGAAGUGGUUGAAGCAUGCACAUUUUUGAUACAAAUACUUUAUUUCUAAAAAUAAAGGAAUGUUUUGCAAAUGUU